AUGCCAAUUCCAAGCAAACAUAUUGGUCGCUCUCAGAGCUGGGAUGCGGCAGGAUGGUAUGAAGGCAACUGGGAGAAUGAAAAUGCAUUUGAAUACCAGAGACCUCCAGGGAGAAGGAAUUCUCUAACAUACGGUGGUGAGGGAGUUUGGUAUGAGCAGCCAGCCCAUAGACCACAUGAUAUCAUCUUGCAGGGAGGUGCUGAACUGAAGCAAGAACCAUAUCCCUACCAGGAGCCAGUUUUUAACCAAGGUCCUAUACGGAAAGGUUCUGUUCCUGAUUUUGCUUACUACGACAGGCAGCCUGCAAUGUCUGCACGAAGUUCCUUGCCGCCUCAGGAUUACUACAGUGACCCAUCCUUAGCUGCUAGAUCACCUAAAGACCCACGCUACUACAGAGACCACAUGAUUAAUAGACCAUUACCGAAUUAUGGCAUGCCAAGUGCCAGAUUGGCUUGGGACCAGAUGCAAGGACGAUCACCUGCCCCACUUGAAGCAAGCCGCUUGUAUAGAGAUCCUAUGACUAAAAUGAUCCCUGAGGCACACAGGGUUCGAAACCGAGAUCCUUCUCCAGCAAGGUAUGGUGGCGAACCUCAAAUGCCUAGAUAUGGAACCGAACCUCCAACAUUUUCCAACCGGCAAGUGUAUAAUGAUGCAGUGGACAGAUCUAUAGAUUCUGCAGCCAGUAGACAAGUUACUCCAACAUGUUUGGUAGUUGAUCCAAAUUCAAGUGCAGCUCCUGAUGGAAGUAUAGCUACUCCUGUAAACCGUGGUUAUGGACCAGUCAGGGAAAAUGUCAGUGCAAAAGUUCCUUAUGAUGGCUAUGAAACAGCUACAACUCCCUCCCAUGCUCAGAUGUCCACAUCUUUUCCAGGACAGGACAUUAAAAGGAAUGUGGAUCCAGAGUUUUUAGCACUUAUGCGUUCCGAAGGAGUAUCUGAAAGCACACUCAAUGCUUUGCUACAGCAAGGAUUUGAUUCUCCGAGCCUGCUGGCAAUGAUGGAAGACAACGACAUAAAAUCAGUUGCUCCAAAUCUAGGGCAGGCAAGGGUGCUUUCUCGAAUUGCCCAUACCUACAAAGCAGAAAUGCAGUUGCAGAGGCAGGAUAGGAAGAACACCAUCAUCCGUCCCAGGCACAGAUCUAACAGCUUUAGUCACCGAAGUGAAUUGCUCCAGAAUGAGUAUGGGAUGCAUCCUGCCACCAGCCCUAUGGCAGAUGGUGUGGCAAUGCAUCAGCCAUCAGCCGCUUCUAUGCAGCCAGUGUCCCCAAGAGUUGCAGAAUUAACUCGUCGUCCAUCUAGUGCUCCAACACAACACCUUCUGGAAACAGCAACUUACCCUGCGACUGGGUUAUCUCAUCAAGUCACUCCUUUCCUUCCCAAUUCUGGAUACAGUGGUUCUGCCCCAUGCAAUAUGCACACUCGGCAAGCAACUGGCUAUUCUGCUCCGGCUGGAAUAUCUAUGAACGCACUACAAACCAACCCACAUCCAAGUCCCAAAACUGCGUAUUCAACCACAUACACAGUACCCAUGGAGCUGAUGAAGAGAGAUAGAAAUCCUCCAUUGUCUCCAAUGCACAGCCCUCAUAACAGCCCUCAACUCCUUCGAAAGCAAGGGGCCCAAAUAGAACCCAACCUGGUGCCAGCAGGACCAAGUUUUCCAAUGCAGCAUUCUCCAUAUCAGAAACUCACAAGGCGUACAGGGCCGCCAGUCAUUGUCUCCACCAUGGCAUCGCCUGAGCCAAGUAUUCGCCCACAAAUAAUGAAUGGCCCUAUGCAUCCUCGUCCAUUGGUGGCUUUGCUAGAUGGAAGGGAUUGUACAGUGGAGAUGCCAAUUUUGAAGGACUUGGCUACUGUUGCAUUCUGUGACGCGCAAUCAACUCAGGAAAUCCAUGAAAAGGUUUUAAAUGAAGCCGUCGGAGCAAUGAUGUACCACACUAUCACUCUCACCCGGGAAGACCUAGAGAAAUUCAAGGCCUUACGAGUCAUUGUUCGGAUAGGCAGCGGUUAUGACAACAUAGACAUCAAAGCUGCAGGGGAGCUUGGGAUUGCUGUUUGCAACAUCCCCUCAGCAGCAGUAGAAGAGACGGCAGAUUCCACUCUGUGCCACGUCCUGAAUCUCUACAGGCGGAACACAUGGCUCUACCAAGCACUGAGGGAAGGAACCAGAGUGCAGAGUGUGGAACAAAUACGGGAAGUGGCUUCUGGAGCAGCACGUAUCAGAGGCGAAACACUUGGCCUGAUCGGAUUUGGUCGCACUGCGCAAGCAGUUGCAGUUCGAGCCAAGGCAUUUGGAUUCAAUGUGAUCUUUUAUGACCCAUACCUGCAGGAUGGCAUAGAAAGGUCCCUGGGAGUCCAGCGGGUCUACACGCUCCAGGAUCUGCUGUACCAAAGUGACUGUGUGUCAUUACACUGUAACCUCAAUGAACAUAACCACCACCUUAUCAAUGACUUUACGAUUAAGCAGAUGAGGCAGGGAGCCUUUUUGGUUAACACAGCACGUGGUGGUCUGGUGGAUGAAAAGGCCUUAACUCAAGCCCUGAAGGAAGGAAGGAUACGAGGGGCAGCACUGGAUGUGCAUGAAUCAGAACCGUUUAGCUUUGCUCAAGGGCCACUGAAAGACGCUCCUAAUUUAAUUUGUACACCACACACUGCUUGGUACAGUGAACAGGCCUCACUGGAGAUGAGAGAAGCUGCUGCGACAGAGAUACGCCGAGCUAUCACAGGUCGCAUCCCCGAAAGCCUACGAAACUGUGUGAACAAGGAAUUCUUUGUCACAACAGCUCCUUGGUCAGUAAUAGAUCAGCAAGCAAUUCAUCCAGAGCUCAAUGGUGCCACAUACAGAUAUCCACCAGGCAUGGUAAGUGUUACACCAGGCGGGAUUCCGGCAGCUAUGGAAGGUAUCAUCCCGGGAGGGAUUCCUGUUACCCACAAUCUUCCAACAGUGGCACAUCCUUCCCAAGCUCCAUCUCCUAACCAGCCCUCAAAACACGGGGACAACAGGGAACAUCCCAAUGAGCAAUAGCAGAUAAUUUAAAGCACUCCAACUUGGGACCAAGAGACAUUGGAAAAGAAAAUUACACACAAACUGACAGGAAUUUGAUACAAAAUUUGUAAGGUUGAUUUUGGACUGACGCAUCAUGAUGUUCCAGUGUUAACUACAAAUAAAAAAAAAUAGGAGUCAAGACUUGGGGGAGGGAGGGAGAACCCAGAAGAAGUCACCUGCUUACUGAAGCACUGAAAGCUAGGAUUUGAUGAUACAUUUCUGAUCAGCUUCUGUUAUUGUGUGUUUAAGUUUCCUUCAUCUUUACAUCAAUCACAAGAAUAAUGUAUAUUUCUUCAGUCCCUUUGGGGAAUAGCAGCUGAUUGAAGUACCUGCUGCUUAGAGCAUGUCCAACAGUCCUAACAAAGCUUACAUGAUAUUAAGAGGAAACCAUCAUGUGACUUCAGCCCUUUCCUUCCUCACUUACCUGGCUCCUCCUUGUACAGCCUGAGGAAAGAUAACCCAAGAGAUGGGGGAACAGUUUUGCUUGUUGCAGUUAUAUAGGGCCAUUAAUGGAUUGGAGGGAUGCUACUCAAGUUUAACUACAGUCAUGUAGGUCAGGGGAGAAGAAAAGGCCCAUGUUAACUACCUGCCUUUUAACUGCAGAAAUUGAUGCUUCUCCUACAAGAUACACUUAAUAAAGUAGCUGUACAUUCAAUAACACGUGCUGAUGAUGCAAAAAAAAGAAAGUGUUAAAUCUCACAUUUAUACUCAAAUAUAUUUUUCUCAGUUUUAAAUCCACAGCUAUUUUAUUGAGUGGAAAAGUCUUGAGCUGGAAAGGGUUCAAGAAUAAUGUUGCAUUUCCUUAUGUCUCAGGAAAAAAAAAACACUUUUUAUGGUAACUUGUCAGACUGUAUGAACAAAACCCACUUUUUUAGACAUUGAAGUCUUCUUUUCUUCAUGUGAUAUUUUAUACAAGAACACUUCAAAAUGUGUUAUUAGAUGUGACUGAUUUUAACAAAUCCUAUUAGAUUUGUAUCAACUAGUUACAUGUUAUACUCAUAGUCUUUUGUGAAUCAUCGCCUUUUUGUUGAAAAAGAUGGCCUAUUCUGAGCCUUUGUAUGGGUACAUUCCUGUUUCUGUGAUAAAGUUUUAAAAGCUGUCCCAAACAAAACAAAAAAACCAGAACCAAUGGCUACCAGAAGUAUGUUUUGUUUUAGUGUGUUACCGUUACUGUAUUUGUUUAUUGUAAAGGUGGACAUAUAGCGUUCAGUGCAGUUUUCAAUAAAAAGUGACCAUUUCUAUAAUUUGAGCUGGACCAGGCCCUCAAUGUACUUGACCCAAUUCAAAAUAAGAACAUACUCUCAGGUCACAUGAGUGAUCACACCAAAACUAGCCCUUCUAGUAUUAGGAUGAUUAUCUUCCUCUAUUCUCAAGUAUCUACAAUGCCAAUCAGUCUUAAGUUUACAGACUAUUAAGAAACUACUGGUCUGAAGUUAAAAGUGGACUGUUGACGUGGCACGAUUUCUCACUCAGUCACACUCCCCUCUCUAAACAACCUGUGUACCUAAAAUGUAUUCCCAUUAAAGUCA